GUUGGUGUCUCCUAUAACGCACACUCUGGGUCGGAAAGGCGGCCUGAUGUUCGAUGCAACCUUCGUGAUCUUGGGAAGCUUCUGCAUGGGGUUCGCGAGAUUCUUUGGGAGAUACGAGCUCCUGAUAAUCGGCCGAGCACUGGUCGGAGUUCACGCCGGAAUCGCGGGAGGAAUCGCGCCUCUCUACUUUGCCGAACUCUCGCCGCACCAGUGGCGAGGAGCCAUUGGCAGCGUGUAUCAGCUCACCGUGGUGAUCUCGAUUUUAUUAUCGCAAGUGUUUGGUUUACCCCGAGUCUUGGGCGGCGAUGACUGCUGGCCGCUCCUCUUGGGUGGGAUAAUCCUCAGUCCUACUCUGAUGUUUAUCCUCCUGCCAUGGUGCCCGGAGUCCCCGAAGUUUCUCCUGAGCAAAGGAUCGGAGCAGGAUGCUCGAAACGCCCUGAUCCGCCUCCGGGGGACGAAGAAUAUCGAAAUAGAACUCAAGCAGAUUAGUUCGGAAGCAGAAGUCACCCGUGGACUACCUCCGGUGGGCCUAUCGAACUUACUGCGUGAGCCAGUUCUGAAGAAAGCAUUCACAAUCUCCGUGAUGGUUGUGAUCGGCCAGCAACUUUCCGGCAUCAAUGCCGUGAUGUUCUACUCGACGAGCAUUUUCGGCGCCGCAGGAUUCAAUCAGGAUGCUGCGACUGCCGCAACUGUCGGCAUGUCCGUGGUGAAUGUCCUGUGCACGGCAUACUCGAUGGUGAUCAUUGAAAAAGCGGGACGGAGAACACUUCUGUUGACGGGCUUCAUGGGAAUGAUGAUUUGCACGGUUAUUCUCGCACUCUCGCUGGGACUCUUGGAGCUUCACUCGAUGAUGUCGUGGACGGCUGUUGGGGGCGUUAUGGCCUUCGUGAUCAUGUUCGCGAUCGGGCCAGGCUCCAUUCCGUGGUUCCUAGUGACGGAACUGCUCCCUCCUGCGGCCCAGCCCAUCGCGAGCAGUCUCUGCGUUGCAACGAAUUGGCUGUGCAAUGCGGGAAUCGGCAUGGCAUUCCCGAUACUGAUGGGAUUCCUGUCUCACAACUCAUUCCUCGUGUUCACCGUUCUCUUGACGGUCUUCUACAUCUACAUCUACAGAAAACUCCCCGAGACCAAGGGCCGUACCAUAGAGGAGAUCACCGCUUACUUCUCUGGAGUGGAAUUAGUGACAACCAAGCGAAAAGACUUCGCUCUACCGGUAUCGAUCAGAUGCACUACCAACGUUGAAGACAAGUGCGACUGCCGCGGCUUCGUUGUAAUUGACGCAUGCGACGUCCAUCAUGUGGAAUUGUGA